AGGUGAAAUGCGGAAGCUGCCACCCAGAGCUGUCAGCAGACCGUAGGGUUUUUUAGCCCAGAGCAUGCAGUUAAGAAAAAAAUCAUAAAUAACGCAAAGCCGCCGCGGUGCGCGCAGCCAGCGCCGGUCCCGGUGCGCUCCCGCGGCUGCCCUCCCGGAUGGCGACUUUGCCCGCCGCCGACAGGAGGGCGUUCGCCCUGAAGAUCAACAGGCACUCCUCUGCGGAAAUAAGAAAGCAGUUUACUCUUCAGCCAGGCUUUGCACAGUUCUGUCAACGAAGCUUAAGUACCCCUGGCUUUUCUGGUCUUCAUCUGCCUUCUUUUUAUGAUGCAGUAGACCCAGUAGAUUUUGAAGGCUUUGUAAUGUCGCGGCUGAACAACUUGGACUCGGAACUAGCACAAGAACUUGGUGACUUUCCUGAAGAUGACUUGGACAUUGCCUUUACACCCAAAGAAUGCAGGACCUUACAGCCCUCUAUGCCAGAAGAAGGGGUUGAACUGGACUCACAUGUCAGAGACUGUGUUCAGAUGUAUAUCCGGGAGUGGUUGAUUGUAAAUCGAAAGAACCAAGGGAAUUCAGAUAAUUGUAGCCUGAAAACCAAGGGAUCCCGAAAAGAUUUUCACAAGACACUCCAAAAACAAACGUUUGAAUCAGAAACGUUGGAUUCUGGUGAUGCAAACUUUCAGGCAGGGCCCCGACAUGUCCACGUGCUCCCUGAGGAAGCCUCAAGGACACCCCUUGCCUCCUCUGACUUCGACCUGCGCAGCCUGCAGCCCGACCCUCGCCUGGAAAACCUGCUCCGGCAUGUCAGCGCGGAGGAGUUUGAGAGGCAGAAUGAGGAGGCGCGGCGCACCAACAGGCACGCUGAGCUCCUUGCCCUCUACCCUGCCAUGGAUGAGGAAGAUGCAGUGGAGAUAAGGCCAGUGCCAGACUGCCCAAAGGAGCAUCUGGGCAACAGGAUUUUGGUGAAGCUGCAGACUCUGAAAUUUGAUAUAGAGAUUGAACCUUUGUUUGCAUGCAUAGCUCUCUAUGAUAUAAAAGAAAGAAAAAAGAUCUCAGAAAACUUUCAUUGUGACCUCAACCCUGAUUCAUUAAGAGGAUUCCUGCGUUCUCAUACACCCUCCAUUGACUUGUCUACUCAGGCAAGAUCAGCAGUAUUUUCUGUCACUUAUCCUUCAUCAGAUAUAUACCUAGUCAUAAAGAUAGAAAAAGUGCUUCAGCAAGGAGAAAUUGGAGACUGUGCAGAGCCCUACAUGGUUCUUAAAGAAAGUGAGGCUGGCAAGACAAAAGAAAAGAUUGAAAAACUGAAAGCCCAAGCUGAAUCCUUUUGUCAGCGAUUGGGGAAAUACAGAAUGCCAUUUGCCUGGAUACCCAUAAGCCUAACUAAUUUCUUCAGCCUUUCAACGCUUGAACGAGAAAUACCUGAGGCCGAAGGUUUGAAUGGGAAGGGAUCCACUAGUGACAAGAGGGCAACACUGCUGCAGGCAAGAAGACUUUCUGAGAGAAGUCUCAGCUCAGAGGACAGCUAUCCAGUAUCAAACUUCAAAACAACCUGUCUGACCCUCAGCACCUUCUUUAAACAGGAAGGAGACAGGCUCAGUGAUGAAGAUCUGUUCAAAUUUUUGGCUGAUUUCAAAAGAUCAUCUUCCUUGCAGAGAAGAAUUAAGACUUUACCAGGAACACUGAAACUGGAUAUUUCCCCAGCUCCAGAAAACCUUUGUUAUUGUCUGACCCCCGAAUUACUACCAGUGAAGCCAUUUCCCGAAAACCGUAAUCGUCCUCACAAAGAGAUAUUGGAAUUCCCAAUUAGAGAAGUGUAUGUUCCCCAUACUAUUUAUCGAAAUCUCCUCUAUGUUUACCCGCAGAGGCUGAAUUUUGCUAAUCGACCAGCUUCUGCAAGAAACAUUACCAUCAAGAUCCAGUUUAUGUGUGGGGAAGACCCAUCCUGUGCAAUGCCGGUAAUUUUUGGGAAAUCUUCAGGUCCAGAAUUCGUGCAAGAAAUAUACACAGCUGUCACAUAUCAUAAUAAAUCCCCUGACUUUUAUGAAGAAGUGAAAAUUAAGCUGCCAGCAAAGCUCACAGAGAAACACCAUCUAUUGUUUACGUUCUAUCACAUCAGCUGCCAGCCAAAGCAGGGUGCAUCUGUGGAAACCCUCCUUGGGUAUUCAUGGCUGCCAAUUCUAUUAAAUGAUCGUCUUCAAACUGGACAUUAUUGUCUUCCUGUUGCGUUGGAUAAGCUGCCUUUCCACUAUUCAAUUCACUCUCCUGAGAAAGUUCCUCCUCAGACACCACCUAUUAAAUGGGUUGAAGGACACAAGGGUGUUUUCAAUGUUGAAGUGCAAGCUGUUUCAUCUGUUCACACUCAGGACAAUCACCUGGAGAAGUUCUUCACUCUGUGCCAUUCUCUGGAAAGUCAAGUGACAUUCCCCAUUCGACUGAUGGACCAGAAGAUUACAGAAACUACACUGGAACAUGAGUUGAAACUCAGCAUUAUCUGUUUGAAUUCUUCACGCCUUGAACCUCUUGUCUUAUUUUUGCAUUUGGUGCUAGAUAAACUUUUCCAGCUGGCUGUACAACCCAUGGUCAUUGCUGGCCAGACAGCCAAUUUCUCACAGUUUGCCUUUGAAUCUGUGGCUGCAAUAGUUACCAGUCUCCACAACAGCAAAGACCUGAGCAAAGACCAGCAUGGGAGGAACUGCCUCCUGGCGUCUUAUGUCUAUUAUGUAUUUCGUCUUCCAGACCCUCAGAGAGAAGUAGUCAAACCAGGUGCAGGCACCAGUGCCAUUUUGACAGAGUCUCGUUAUUACACAUUUGGACGUACUUCUGCAGUGUCUGUUGGGAGUAAACUCCUGCAGAGCCGAGUGAUAAGCUGCAGCAAUCCUGAUAUCGCUGUUACACAAACCGUUACUGAUGAGGAGGUCAAAAACAUCAUGUCAUCGAAGUCUACAGAUCACAGCUCCAGUCGGAUGUCUUUCUAUGUUGAAGGAACAAAUGACAUGCCAAGCAUUUGUGCAAGCCCAAGACCAUCCAAUAAAAAGCAUUUCCACGAGGAGCUGGCACUGCAGAUGGUUGUCAGCACUGGUAUUGUGAGAGAAUCUGUCUUCAAGUAUGCCUGGUUCUUCUUUGAGCUCCUGAUAAAGAGUAUGGCUCAGUAUGUUCACAACAUAGAGAAGCAAGACAACCCACGAAGAAGCCGAUUCUCUGAUCGCUUUAAAGAUGAUAUUACCACUAUAGUUAAUGUGGUUACUUCAGAGAUUGCUGCACUUUUAGUCAAACCACAGAAGGAAAGUGAGCAAGCAGAAAAAAUGAAUAUCAGCCUGGCAUUUUUCUUGUAUGAUCUACUCUCUUUAAUGGACCGAGGAUUUGUGUUUAAUCUCAUCAAACAUUACUGUAAUCAGCUGUCAAACAAGCUGAAUUCACUUUCCACCCUGAUUUCCAUGAGACUGGAAUUCCUGAGAAUUCUCUGCAGCCAUGAGCAUUAUCUCAAUUUGAAUCUCUUCUUCAUGACCUCCUCUGCUCCAGCAUCCCCCUCCCCCUCCAUCUCCUCCCAGAACUCUAGCUCCUGCUCUAGUUUCCAGGACCAGAAAAUCGCUGGUAUGUUUGAUCUGUCAGCUGAAUAUCGUCAGCAGCACUUUCUGACCGGCCUACUUUUCACUGAAUUGGCAGCAGCGCUGGAUGCAGAGAGUGAGGGGAUUAGCAAGGUGCAAAGAAAAGCUGUCAGUGCUAUCCUUAGCCUUCUAAGUUCCCAUGACCUAGACCCACGUUGCUCAAAAAAAGAGGUGAAGAUUAAAAUUGCAGCUCUCUACCUACCUUUGGUUGGUAUCAUUUUGGAUUCACUGUCACAACUGCAUGAUUUUACAAUUUCAGAUGCCCGCAGUGGAAAGGGACGCACAGGAAACCAAGAAGAAGAACAAGAGUCUGCAAGUGCAAUCAAUCAAAAUGUGGCCCUUGCUAUUGCAGGGAAUCAGUUUAACCUCAGGAGCUCUGGAAUAUCUCUGGUGUCCCUGCCCUACAGGCAGAGUGCCACAUUAGGUCCUGAUACCACCCGUAACCUUUUGAUCUGUUUCCUCUGGAUCAUGAAAAAUGCUGAUCAGAACCUAAUACAGAAAUGGAUUGCAGACCUUCCAUCCAUGCAGCUGAACAGGAUUUUGGAUCUCCUCUUCAUUUGUGUGUCAUGCUUUGAAUACAAGGGCAAACAAAGCUCAGAUAAAGUUAGCACCCAAGCACUCCAGAAGUCACGAGAUGUUAAAGCCCGGCUAGAAGAAGCUUUACUGAGAGGUGAAGGAGCCAGAGGAGAAAUGAUGAAGCGCUGCAGAAUACCAGCUGGGAAUGAUAGGUCAGCGGGGCUAAAUGAAAACCUGCGCUGGAGAAAGGAGCAGACUCACUGGCGGCAGGCAAAUGAGAGACAAGAUAAGACUAAAGCUGAGCUAGAUCAAGAAGCUCUGAUCAGUGGAAAUCUGGCAACUGAAGCUAACCUGAUCAUUCUCGAUAUGCAAGAGAACAUCAUUCAGGCAAGCUUUGCGGCAGAGUGCAGAGACAAUCUUUUGGGAGGAGUUUUGAAGGUCUUGGUAAAUUCUCUUGGUUGUGAUCAGAGCACCACUUACUUGACUCAUUGUUUUGCUACACUCAGAGCACUCAUUGCUAAGUUUGGAGAUUUCUUGUUUGAAGAAGAGGUUGAACAGUGUGCUGACCUGUGUCAAAGAGUUCUUCAUCACUGCAGCAGCAGCAUAGAUGUUACAAGGACUCAAGCCUGUGCCACUCUUUAUCUCCUCAUGAGAUACAGCUUCAGCUCUACAAGUAAUUUUGCAAGAGUGAAGAUGCAAGUGAUCAUGUCACUAGCCUCUCUGGUUGGAAAAUCACCCGAGUUUAAUGAGGAAUUCCUUCGGCGGUCCUUACGAACCAUCCUAGCCUAUGCAGAGGAAGAUGUGGAUAUGCAGGCAACUCCAUUUCCCAUUCAGGUAGAGGAGCUGCUGUGUAAUCUGAACAGCAUCCUGUCAGAUACAGUGAAAAUGAGGGAAUUUCAGGAAGAUCCGGAGAUGCUCAUGGAUCUCAUGUACAGAAUUGCCAAAGGGUACCAGACAUCACCUGACUUGAGGCUGACGUGGCUGCAGAAUAUGGCAGAGAAGCACACCAAGAGAAAGUGCUACACAGAAGCAGCUAUGUGUCUGGUCCAUGCUGCAGCAUUAGUGGCAGAGUACCUCAGUAUGCUUGAAGAUCGAAACUAUCUCCCAGUGGGCAGUGUCAGCUUUCAGAACAUUUCACCCAAUGUGCUGGAGGAAUCUGCUGUUUCAGAUGAUGUUUUGUCUCCAGAUGAAGACGGUAUAUGUUCUGGGAGGUAUUUUUCAGAAAGUGGCUUGGUAGGGCUGCUGGAACAAGCAGCAGAGCUCUUCAGCACGGGGGGAUUGUAUGAAACUGUGAAUGAGGUGUACAAAAUUGUCAUCCCCAUACUGGAAGCUCAUCGAGACUUCAGGAAGCUUACCUUGACACACAGCAAGCUACAGAAGGCCUUUGACAGCAUCAUUAAUAAGGGUCAAAAACGAAUGUUUGGAACUUACUUCCGUGUUGGUUUCUAUGGAUCCAAAUUUGGGGACUUGGAUGAACAGGAAUUUGUUUAUAAGGAGCCUGCAAUUACCAAACUUCCUGAGAUUUCUCACAGAUUGGAGGGAUUUUAUGGUCAGUGUUUUGGGGAGGAUGCUGUGGAAGUGAUUAAAGACUCUGCUCCUGUAGACAAAAGAAAGCUGGAUCCUAAUAAGGCAUACAUACAAAUUACUUUUGUGGAGCCAUAUUUUGAUGAGUAUGAGAUGAAAGACAGGGUAACCUAUUUUGAGAAGAACUUCAACCUCUGUCGGUUCAUGUACACUACGCCUUUCACCAUGGAUGGGCGCCCAAGAGGAGAGCUUAGUGAGCAAUACAAGAGGAACACCAUCCUAACCACAAUGCAUGCUUUUCCCUACAUCAAAACUAGAAUCAAUGUCAUCCAAAAAGAAGAGUUCAUUUUAACCCCAAUUGAAGUUGCUAUUGAAGAUAUGCGGAAAAAAACACAGGAACUAACUGCAGCCACCAACCAAGAACCACCAGAUGCCAAAAUGCUUCAAAUGGUUUUGCAGGGCUCAGUUGGAGCCACUGUAAAUCAGGGACCGCUAGAGGUAGCGCAAGUGUUCCUGGCUGAAAUUCCAGCAGACCCCAAACUUUAUCGACAUCACAACAAGCUGAGGUUGUGCUUCAAAGAGUUUAUAAUGAGGUGUGGCGAAGCAGUGGAGAAGAACAAGCGCCUUAUUACUGCUGACCAGCGGGAAUAUCAACUAGAGCUCAGAAAGAACUACGGGAAGCUAAAAGAGAACCUUAGGCCCAUGAUUGAGAGGAAGAUCCCUGAGCUGUAUAAACCUGUAGUGAAAGUCCAUAGCACAAGGGAAUCUUUUCGUAACCACAGUUUUAAGAAAUAUGAUGCUCAGACUUCUUCACAGAACACAUAAAGACUAGCUGCUUUGGCCAAGGAGGAGUGUCAUCCUGCAAGCCAGAAGUGAUGAGACACUGAACAUCUAAGAAAUCUGAAAUUUCUCUUAAGACAGAAUCUGUGCUUUCUGGACAUCAUUCAGAAAAACGUUUACACAACAUCGAUGUUGUGUAAAAACUAGGGGAUAACUCCUUAUCAACCACAUCUCAUGAGGACUUGGGGUAGAAGGGAGUACUUUUUGCAUAUAUUGUAAAAUAAUCACAAAAUGCUUGGAAGUGGACCAUUAGAGUGGUCAGUGCCAAAAGGUCAGUCACCCCUAGCUAACAGACACAACUGCGGUUCAGUUGGGCUGUUCACUUGAAUCCAAAUAACAUGCGUAAGGGAUGCUGAUGAAAUAAUGUCUAUUUAUGGUCCUUUUCCAAGACAGCAUUUAUCCACGUGCUUUUGGCAACAGAGUACAUUCUGCAAGUUAAUCACAUGCUUAAAUGCUGUCUUAAUGCGGAAGGACACAGUCUCCUGCUCAGUGUUUGCUGAGCAGGAGCUGUAGGAAAGAAUAAUUUCCUCAAUCAGUUUCUGUCACGAGUUUUUAUCAUGGUCUUUAAUUGUAGGGAGAGUUCUGCUUAAUUUUUCUUAACCAAAGCUUGGAAAGCAAGAAGUAGCAAUAAAUCAUUCUUCUAAAUCUUACGAAUUUUUUUCUAAGUGUAGGGUCUACUACUUGACAUGCAGCCAGACUUCUUAAUAAUCAGUGUUGUGUUUAGCUGAGACAGCAAGUAAUAGUGUAAAAAGAAGAUGCUAUGCUCUUAGGUGGAUAACCUUAUCCAAAAUUAACUACAGAGGACACAGUCAGUAUUUCCUACAAAGCACUUCACUCAGGCUUUACUGCAGCUUAAGAUAAAUUAGCACAUAAUUUAUAAUACCUAAUGCUUAGUAUUUUCUGAACCUUGCGCAAACAUCUUACUAAAUAAUCUUCAUGGCACUUCUCUGAAGUAAGGUAAUACUAUUAUGAUUUUCAGGUGAGGAUGAGAGAGAGGGGAAGAGAGAUGUGAAGACUUUGAAACUCAUUUAGCGAGGCAAUGGCAGAGCCACAAUGUGACAAUGCUUACAUGUUUGUAUUUUGAAACAUAGAUCCAUGAAAGUGUCCCUCAAUAUUACUUCCUUCCCUACACAUUUUCAGGGUUUUGGAAAUUAUAGUUUAAUGGUGAUUAAAGUAACCAAUUGCAUUUGCCCAAAUGCAUAAUUUAAUUGGUAAAAUUAGAUGAAACAGUAAAAUUCAGUUUUUACUUUGCACUUCAUUUUAGAAAAUUACAGUGAACUUUCUGAGAGCUGAUGCCAUGUCUAAAUGCAAAGCCUCUUUCCUCCAAAAGCAUAAGGGAGAUUGAGGCUGUUGCUUUUCAUGGAAACAUUUUGACUACAGCCUUGCCAUUUGAUAAUAAGAAUUUUCCCAGAACUUCAUUGACAUCUGGCUGAUUCAGACUUUGAAAGUGCUAAGUAGAAGAUUCACAGGGACGAUCAAAAAAGAUUAGGUGUGGAAACAGGUGAAUUAAACCCUGUACUUACACAGCACUUGGAGUGUAAGAAAGCAUUUCUCUCCUCAUUUAUAGUGUUGUUAAAAGUAAUAAUCAAGAAUAAGCACUCUCUGAUUUUUAAGUGAACAUGUUGGAAGUACAUAAAUAGAUGAUAUAAAAAGCUCAAAGCAAAAGAUGCCUCGAGGAAGUGGCUUCUCUAUAUUCAAGCUGCUUUGAAACAAUUCUAAGUUGAAAAGAUGAUUAAUUUCCCAAAGGUUUGAAGCUAUGAAAUCUCUGCCUAUCAGAACGUAGCCCCUUAUCUGUUGUUUUUAACAGCCUGUUUGGGAGGAAGGUCAGAAUAGUAUCAUUUGUCAACCCCAUAAUCCAACCUCAUUGUUUACAAGAUACUUAUCCUUUACAGCCUAAAUAACAGAAACCUUAACUAAACAAAAAAAACUCUACAGGUGUACAAUAUCGUAGGUAAAAGUAAUGAAGUGUUUCACGUUGUGUGGUCCUUGAACUGAAACAAUACUCUGGAUAAUAUGAAUACUGAGGGACUCCACUCACGGUUUACAUGCUGAGCACCCCUCAUACAGUUGGCCAGUCUUGCCCUUAGUUUGUAGCUCAUGUUGUCCCUUCUACAAAUGAAACAUGGUGUGUACAUUUCUUUCAAGAGAUGAAUGAUAUAAAAUACAGAUUUUCUACCUUAUGAUAUUCAUUUUGCAAUAAAGUGUUUCAGAGGAUGUUGAGAAACACCUUUGUGUUGCACCUUAUAGUCUCAACAAAGUCCAUCUGGAAAGAAAAUUUUAGCAACAACCUUUCCUUGUAGAAGUGUCAUUUAGUAGGGGGGAAGUGCCUGUCUUCAGAAUAAAUUGUGUCUUUUGCAGGGUAACAAGGAACAACUUGCUUCCUUGCUUUUCUUUCUCAUUGAGAAUCCAUGAAACAUGGCAGUGGGAAGCUCAGUGACAGUAGUGCCUUCCUUUCUUCCUUCACCAUCUGUAUGAUUCAAGACUAAGGGAGAGUUGCAUGUGUCCACACUAGUUAGGUUCAGGGCGAAGCUACUGAGGCUGUUGCAGGGGAAUAGCAAGUGAGGUACAGACCUAUAUCUAUCCUGGUCCAGAGAUUCCAAUGUGUGUCUUAGGUGGGAGUUCACUGUAGCUCACUUACUCUUUGCAUUUACCAUUAGCUAGCACCAGCUUUAAGGAGUGUGCUGCUGGUUUGGGGACUGGAAUCCUUUAGCUCAGUAUAAGGAUCUCUCUGUUCACCACCCUAGCCUACCCCGUCCUGCUGCACUGCAUGGUGGCCCACUGUGACCAGAGCACCAGGUCUGUACACAGCCCAUCACCAGCAGAGCACAUCCAUCAGGUGUGAGUACACAUACGCACGUCUGCCAGCAUGGAGACAACAUGCACCUACUAGGAAUCCAUGGUAGCUGUGAGAAGACCAACAUUAAUGCCCUGAAGUACAAAUUAACCUGUCAGCGUGUUCUGAAUACAUUUGAACCAUCAAGAUGAGUGCCUUUUGUUAGCUCUAUGGAUCCUACACAGGCAGCUGGAAUGCUUGAUUUUCUGGUUUGCAGAACAGCAGCCAUAAAGGUAGCCCACCUUUCAUACAACAUCAAAAUAGACGUACGUUCAAGGCUUUAGCAGGUGAUGGCCUGAACAGGCGUGCCCCUGAGUAGCUGUAGCCACAAUUGUGCUGGGUAAAGAGAAUUAACACUGGGAGCUCUGGGUUUCAUGACCACUCUCUGGAAGCUGAAUGCUUCUUCAUUAGAUUUCCCACCAAUCUGAAGACUUGGAAAAAUUAAAGCAAACGAUUUAAUUACUUCUUUUCUUUUUUUUUUUUCUUUUUGUCUGAAUUAUCAUCAUCUCAAAUAUGCCGGGAAUUAAAACUUAGCAGAGAGACUGGUGUAGAGUCAGCUAGGACUCUUCUAAGCAUUACAAUAUCUAACACAGAGCAGAGUGCUGCUGCCUUCUGGUACAGAGGAACGCAUAAAAGAGUGUUCAUAGAGUGUUGCCGUUAGUGCUGAAUUUUGAACUGCAGUAGUUUGGAAAGUAUCUCAACUAACCAUGUUUUAAAUCAGUUAAACAUAGUCAUUAAAUAAAAUCAACAGGUCUUGAUAAGUCAUCCUAGGUUGGCUAAAGCUCUGAUCUAAUCCGUGCACCAAAAGGAGGGAUUCCUGUGGGAAAAAGUCAUUUUUGAUUACAUGAAUAAAGGCAACGCACA